AUGUCGACGAAUCUCCUUGUCCUAAACAGAGGCAAUAGGCCGACCUUUGUUAACGCAGUCAGGAAAGAAUGCAUUGAUGUGACGUUGGCGUCUAGCGGUCUGCUUGCAGAAUCCGUUCGCUCUUGGAGGGUUACUGACGAGGAAACUUUUUCAGAUCAUAAACUGAUCAGGUUUGACAUAAACGGUGGGCUUCCGCGCGGAGUACCAUUUCGUAAUCCGAGAAAGACGGACUGGGAUCUGUAUAGGCAACGGCUGGGGGAAAACCUGCAAGCUUUGCCGCAGGCGGAUAGGUAUCUGACAAGGGCUAGUCUAGAAGAGGCGAAUGAGAGGUGUACAGCCGCCAUCGUAGAGGCUUUUGAGUCUGCCUGCCCUCUUAGGAAUCCUAGACCACUGUACAAAAAUGGAUUGUGGAGUAAUGAACUUGACAAGAAGAAGAAAGAGCUGAGGAAAGCCUGGAAUCGGGCCGGUAAAUCGAACCGGUAUCAGGAAGAAAACAAGUCGAGGUAUAGGGAACUUCUCAAAGAGUACAACCAGGCCCAGGAAGAUCUGAAGGAAAGUAGUAAGAGAAAGUUCUUUGAGGAAGCUAACUCCAUUCCGAGCUAUGCCCGUAUACACAAGCUCUUGGCGAAGGAUAAAACGGCUCAG